GUCACUAUCCUAUGGAACUUGAACAUUGACCAAUAAUUGAACCAUAACAAAAGAGGUUUUCUAGUCUCUCUCCUACAAGCUUCUUUGCAUAAUACUUUAGUUUUAGUUUUAGUUCUCCUAUAACACAGAAAGAUAAGAGGGAAUUUUCAGGUUAAAGGGAAAAAAAUAUACCCUGCCAAAUACCAACAAUAAUAGAUUGAAAUAAACUCCCACGAUAGUUCAAGACAACUUUCCACGCUCUUCAAGGCUUCUUCUCAGCUCCAUACCCCUCUCAUACGAUAUACCUGAGUACCCUAUUCACUAUUUUUCUGUUCCUCAUGUCAAUCUUCCUUCUCCUCACAAGGAGAGGAAAAUCAAUGAGAAAGCUUCCUCCAGGCUCGCUAGGAAUACCGAUAAUUGGCCAAAGCCUCGGUCUUCUAAGAGCAAUGCGAGCGAAUACAGCAGAAAAAUGGCUGGAAGAAAGAAUAAAAAAGUAUGGUCCAAUUUCGAAGCUAAGCCUGUUCGGUAAGCCAACAGUUUUCCUUCAUGGCCAUGCUGCAAACAAGUUCAUCUUCACCAGCGACGGCAGCGCCAUUACGACCCAGCAAACUAAGUCCAUCCAGAUGAUUCUCGGUGACCGGAAUUUGUUAGAGCUAAGCGGUGAUGAUCACAGGCGAGUCAGAAAUGCGCUCAUGCUGUUCUUGAAGCCGGAGUCACUGAAGCAAUACGUGGGGAAAAUGGAAGAAGAAAUCAGGAAGCACCUUGAGAUGCAUUGGCUUGGAAAGCAACAAGUAACAGUACUUCCCCUGAUGAAGGUCCUCACUUUCAAUAUAAUAUGCUCUCUUCUUUUUGGCCUCGAAAGAGGAGCUCGCAGAGACAAACUUAUAGACUGUUUUCAACAAAUGAUAGAAGGAAUGUGGUCGGUCCCUGUUAAUUUGCCCUUUACGCGUUACAAUCGCAGCCUUAACGCAAGCAAAAAGGUCCAAAACAUAUUAAAGAAACUCAUACAUGAAAAGAGAGGGGAGUUGAAGCAGAAAGGCGCUUCUCCACACUAAGACCUCAUCACUUGCUUGCUUAGCUUCCGAAAUGAAGAAGACGAAGAUGUGAUGACGGAGAAGGAGAUUUUGCACAAUGUUAUGCUAGUCAUGAUUGCAGGACAUGACACAUCUUCUGUUCUGAUUACUUUUAUUUUACGGUUUCUAGCUAAUGAGCCUUCCAUUUAUGAAGCUGUUCUUCAAGAACAAGAAGAGAUUUCUCAAAGCAAGAAAUCUGGUGAAUUUCUGACUUGGGAAGACCUUGCAAAGAUGAAAUACACAUGGAGAGUUGCUAUGGAGACUUUGAGGAUAGUUCCUCCUGUCUUUGGUGGCUUCAGGAAAGCUCUAAAAGACAUUGAAUAUGGUGGAUACCUCAUCCCUAAAGGGUGGCAAAUAUUUUGGGCUUCAUCAAUGACACAAAUGGACAACACCAUAUACUCAAAACCAACAAAAUUUGAUCCCAACAGAUUUGAAGACCAAGCCUCAGUUGCGCCGUAUUGCUUCGUCGCAUUCGGAGGAGGAACACACAUGUGUCCAGGGAAUGAGUUUGCAAGGAUUGAAACUCUCAUUACAAUCCAUUAUUUGGUCACACGGUUCACAUGGAAGUUAUGUGCAGACAACUCUUUUAGCAGAGAUCCCAUGCCAGUACCAGCUCAGGGAUUACCGGUGGAAAUCAUGCCCAAGAAACCACUGUAAAAGUUUAUUCUUGUUUCUCU